AUGUCCCACAACAACGAUGAGGAUUACUUUCUUCCCCUGGAAGACCAGCGCGUUUUCGGCGCCGGAAUCCGUCGCAAGCGCGUACAGUUCGUCCGCUCCUCAGAACAUGAACUUAACACUACAACCACAACCACCACAACCAGAACCACAACCCCAUCCACAACCUCCGGCUUAAGUCCCGCCGACAAAUACCUUUCAAUCGUCCUACCGAAAGAAAAAUUACACACCCAAACAACAGAACCCGCCACCACGCGCAACGAAACAGUUUCCGCGCCGCCUUCGCCCGAAGCCGUACCCGCUCCGGUCCAACGGUGCGAGGUAUGCAAUCUCCCGCUUGACGGGUCGAAGGCAGGUACAGAUGAGGAAGGGUCUGCUCGGCCACACGAAGCAUCGCUCGCCCAUCAGCUGUGUCUAUCUCACUCGCAUCCACCGUCUCAUCUUGACCGUUCCCGUCACGGACUCCGAUAUUUGUCCGCUUAUGGCUGGGAUCCGGACAGUAGACUGGGUCUCGGGGCUCCUGGGCGUGAGGGAAUCAGGGAACCCCUCAAGGGGAGAUUGAAGGUUGAUACUGUCGGGCUAGGGGCUGAGGUUGAGCCGAGUGCGAAGGGGAAGAAGAGGGUAGCUGCUGCUGCUGCUGUUCCGUCCAAGGUGCAGAGGUUGAAUGCGAAGCAAGUACGAAAGGGUCAUUUUGAUGCGAAGAGGAGAGGGGAGAUGUUGCGGGAGAUCUUCUAUCAGAAAGAUGAUGUGCAACGAUACCUGAGUGGAGAUGCAUAG